AACGCAUUUAACUAUAAUAUCUCUAGCUGAUAUUCCUGAUCCAGAAGCAAUGGCUCCAAGGGUAGGCAGUAGAGCACUCUGUGUGGAUAUUGAUAAGAUGGUGUUUUCCAUGACAAACAAAAUGGAUUCUUAUUGGUUGCAAGUUGAUGCUGCUGAUAAGGAUACUAGGCUAUGCCAAAUUUGCAGAGUCCCAGAACACAUUCGCGAGGUUGGCCAUGUUUCAUAUGAACCAAUUGUAUUAUCCAUUGGCCCAUAUCACCAUGGCGCUCAGCACUUGCAAGCCAUGGAGAAGGAGAAGUGGCAAUAUGUGGAUCACAUUUUAAAACUGAACCGUGAAAUAGAUCUGACUGAUCACCUCAGGGCUAUAUCCAAAUUGGAGAAAUUAACAAGAACUUGCUAUUCUGCGGAGAUAGGAAUGACAAGGAAGUGUUUCAUGAAGAUGCUAUUUCUUGAUAGCUGCUUUAUACUUAUUACUAUCUAUGAAAACAUACAUAUGGAAUUACAUAGGAAUGAAACUUUGGAUACAUCUACUCAAGAAACACAUGAGGCAAUUUUUGAUGCAGGAGAAGAAAAUGGAACCAUGCAAAGGGAACAUGGCUAUGCUCAGAAUAUGUUGCUAGUAGAGGAGGAGAUAAGUGAGGUGAAAUCAAAUCAAGCUGAAUUCAUGAAUGAUAGUCGGAAAGUUGAGAAGGAUUACAAAAAUACUGAUGAUUGUAAUAAAGUUGGAGAUUGGUACAGUCACUUCACCUGGCGUGAUAUUUUCCUUCUGGAAAACCAAAUUCCAUUCUUCAUCAUUGAAAAGAUAUAUGAAGUUUCAGUGGGAAAAAGAGUCGGCAUAGCAUCACUUGCAGAUAAAGCUUGUAUAUGUGUAGAAGAUUUUUUGUAUCAUUAUCCAAUAGCAAUCCAAGAACCUGACAGACCAAAUCAUUUCCACCAUUUGCUCCACUUGUGCCACACGUACCUCAGACCUAGCCAGAGACCUUGUGAUGCUUCUGAAUCUCAGUCGAAGCCCUGGUACUUCCGUCAUCUUGUAAAUCUUGGGCAGAAAUAUUUCCGGAUUGGCCAAAAACAAGAAGAAAAUAUGCAAAACAGAGAUCCAGUGCAGCAGCUGGAUUGCUUCCUGGCUGGGGAACUACCAGUUCGCUGGCGACGGGCAACACAAUAUCAUGAAGCAGGAGUCGUAAUUAAGAAAAGAGAGUGGAGCAAGUACAACAGGCACUCGCUUUUGGACAUUAAAUUUAGCAACGGGGUGGUAGAAAUUCCAUGUUUCCCUAUAGAUGAGAAUACAGAACCCCUGUUUAAGAACCUAAUAGCAUUUGAGCAGACCGACCAUCGGUUUGGCAAUGACAUUGCUUCUUUUGUUCUUUUUAUGUCAGAGUUUGUAAGCACACCAGCUGAUGCUACACUUUUCACUAACAAUGGAAUAAUCGUGCACAUGCUAGACAGUGAUGAUGAACUGUCAGCUUUAUUUAAUAGGCUAAGUAAGCAAAUGUGCUUCACUUUUGAUGGUUAUCACUACCUAAAAUCUAUGUGUCACUUAUUGGAGCUCCAUUACCAAAGUCGUUUAAAUAGAUGGAUUGCUUGGCUCUGGUUCAAUCACUUCAGUAACCCAUGGUUGGCGCUUGCUUUCUUCGCGGCAGUCAUCGUGCUUGUUUGCACUGUGGUGCAAACCAUAUAUACAGUUUUGGCUUAUGUAAAACCUUCCUCAUAAUACUGGUGAGUUUUUCCCUAUUUCUAUCUGGUGUCUUCUCUUCUACGAGGGUGUUUGUGUGGAAGGCGCAUUAAACGAUGAAUGUCCAUUCAUUAACUGAAUGUACAUGGCCCAUCACAUCAGAAUCUCAGGAGAUAUUGUAAAGACAAAUAAAGCAACUGGGACUCAACUGCCAAACUUGGUACUUCUUUGAGCUAUGCACCAAACUUUGCUGUUCGAGAUCCUUAAAACCUCAGUAGGUGAGGUGCUGAUCGAUCAGUGUUUAUAUGCUAGUGCAUUUAGUCUGUAUGCCCUCAAGUUCUGAACCACACCAUAACAAAGGGCGGGCGAUGGCCAACAGGGUAUUUGCUGCCUUGGCUAUCAUCCUUGUCAUUACCGGCCAGCUUGUUCCUCCGGCGGACAGCCGGCCGUCGCCAUGGGAACACACUGAUGCAGUUACACUGGUGGUUACCAUAACUAAGCACGAAUCAACCAACGGCAUCAUGGAAGAGAAGGGUUUCUUUGCUAUACGCCCAAUAUCCCGUCCGCCUACUAUUCCUCCAUGCCGCGCCAGCGCUAAGAGUUGUUGAAGGCUUCUGCCAUUUCCUACUUCGUCUUGACCCUCAAGUAUGGAGAGUACAGGCUCACAUGGUUAAUAAAGCAGAGGAGUUUCCUCAGGACUACAUGUCGUUCUGCAGGAUGAAUCAGUAUAUCUUGAAAUUCAUUGCACUGUCUGUACUCGAAUAUUAUGAAACUUUUUACUGGUUGUAUAUCCUUCUUGAGAUUGCCACAAAUUAAGCCUUCAUUUUCAUCAAA